AUGCCUUACCACGACAAAUAUGGGGAUUUAGAAAAUCAAGAUGAAGAGAAGAAAGAAGAAAAAAAAGAUGAAGAGAAGAAAGAAGAAAAAAAAGAUGAAGAGAAGAAAGAAGAAAAAAAAGAUGAAGAGAAGAAAGAAAAAAAAGAAGAUGAAGAAAAGCAUGAUGAAAAGGGUAUUGAAGUAGUUGAUUAUUCAAAGGUGGAGGUGCCAUCUUCCUUACAAUCCCUUUGUCGUUAUGUGGAAACCACACUAAAGCCUCAGGAGAAGAUCAUGACCUUUACUAUUGAGAAGGAGGUGUUUGGUGCAGAUUGCAGUACCUUCGUCUUGCCUGAAGAUAUUACAGUUAGCAGGCAUGGAAGAAAUUGGGGCUACUAUGCUUGCAGUAUAUACGAGAAGACAGAUGGUGAACAGAUUUUCAUGAUGCCUUACAAUCCAGGCCGUCAUUGGGUCUUACUGAUUGUGAGAGCAAAGAAGGAGACCGUCUAUUUUCUGGAUCCUCUGCCCGGAAAUCAUGUGGUUAAUGAGGAGGCCAAAAACAUGGUGAAUAGUGCUAUAAAAAUUUAUAAUUCCCACAUAGGCAGACAGGGCCAUAAAGCACCCAUUUGGAAAACUCUGCCAGGCACACCAAAGCAACCCAGCAGUGUCGAAUGUGGGUAUUAUGUCAUGCGCUUCAUGAGAGACAUCAUCAUGGAUCCUUCCUUGGAGUUUGAGAAGAUGUUUGCCAAGGGAAAAUAG